AAAUUCUAAACUUAUUUUCCACGUCCAAACACAGUGAAAGUGAAAAAGCAGAGAAGGUGGGCGAGUUGGCCGAGUCUUGAAGCAUAAUCAUCAUCGUGCAUGCAUUUUGUACAUUUUUCAUUUCAAUUUUCAACUCUGCAUGCACACGCUCCCCUUCUCCCUAUCCAACAACCGCCGAUCCAUCUCUCAGCUCGCCGGAAUCCAAUUUCAACUCCAAGUCUUCGACCAUUCCGCCGCUUCCUUCACGGCAAAAUCGCCGAUCCAACACCAAUCCCCCCGCCGCCGAAAAACCAGAGUUGUAGCAGACUCGCCCCCGCCGCCUUCCACUCCUAUCUGCUCAAAUGAAGCAGUUCUGAUUCUGUUCAGCUGAAAGCUGCAAGCUUGAGAAUUUAAGUGCGGAAAUGGAGCGGCGGACUUGCAUGAACGCUGCCUGCGGGACCUCGACGUCGAUCGAGUGGAAGAGAGGUUGGGCUUUGCGAUCUGGCGGAUUCGCCAAUCUCUGUCUCAAGUGCUGGUCUGCAUAUGAGCAAUCAAUUUAUUGUGAUGUUUUCCACUCAAAUGAAUCCGGUUGGAGGGAGUGCGGAGUAUGUGGCAUGCGUCUACAUUGCGGAUGCAUUGCUUCCACGUUACUUCUUGAUCUUCUUGACGGUGGUGGUGUGAAGUGCAUAAAAUGUGCAAAAGAUUCGGGACCUCACCCUAUUUCAAGUGAUGAAAAGCCUGAUGGUCUUGGCACGCCCAAAAUGAGUGAGCUGCAGUCAAAUAUUACAAACAAUCAAUUGGAUGGACAUAGUGUUGAAAAGUUGAAGCUUGUGCAGUUGGGAAAUAAUAAAGAUUGUAAUGGACUUAUGAACUUGCUUCAACUUCGGAACAACGACACAAAAGGGUUAAUGCUCAAAUGGAAACAUGAUGAGGUUCCACCUCCUGGGGGUGAAAUUGGAGGCACAUGUUUUUCAAAUUUCAAUCAGGCAUCCAAUGGAUCAGCUGAAGCUUCCACAGCAGAAGCUUUCAAGGCAAACUUGGGGAUAAAUAAUUUAUAUGAAUCACUUCCACGUACGAAUUUGAGUAUGACCCUCGGUUCACCUUUGGGAAAAGAAAAUCCUUUUCCUAGUGCCAUUGUUGAUGAAGGGGAGCACAGCAUGACAUCCUCUCCACUCCCACCAGGAGCUAGGUCUCGACAUCUUUUUCCAAAGCCUCCCAAAUUGGCCCUUUCCACAGGUUUGGAGGAAAAUUCUACAAUGGUUUCACAUGCACGUGUGGCAAGGCCACCUGCCGAAGGACGGGGACGGAAUCAGCUACUUCCCCGCUAUUGGCCCAGGAUUACAGACCAGGAAUUACAGCAAAUAUCUGGAGAUUCAAAUUCCACAAUUGUUCCUUUGUUUGAAAAAAUGCUAAGUGCCAGUGAUGCUGGUCGAAUUGGUCGUUUGGUGCUCCCUAAAGCUUGUGCUGAAGCAUAUUUUCCUCCCAUCUCUCAACCGGAGGGCCUUCCUUUAAGGAUUCAAGAUGUGAAGGGAAAAGAAUGGGUGUUUCAGUUCAGAUUCUGGCCGAAUAACAACAGUAGGAUGUAUGUUUUGGAGGGUGUGACGCCCUGCAUACAGUCCAUGCAGUUGCAGGCUGGAGAUACUGUGACUUUCAGUCGUAUGGAUCCUGAAGGAAAACUAAUUAUGGGGUUUCGAAAAGCAUCAAAUACUGUUUCAAUGCAGGAUACCCAUCUUACUGCCAUUCAGAAUGGCCCUCACUCAAGUGAAACCUUGUUUUCGGGUGUUUUUGAGAACCUUCCUGUAAUAAGUGGUUACCCUGGCCUUCUUCAGUCACUUAAGGGAAGCAUAGAUCCCCAUCUAAAUGCACUGUCGAAACACUUGACUACAGCUAGUGGUGAUAUUAGCUGGAAUAAAACCGAGAAGCAGGAAGGGAGGACAACGGAAGGAUUGCUGAUGCCAUCAUUAGUUCCUGAGAGGAAAAGAACUAGAAAUAUAGGGUCCAAGAGUAAGAGGUUGCUCAUUGAUAGCCAAGAUGCUCUAGAGCUGAAGCUUACUUGGGAAGAGGCUCAGGAUUUGCUUCGUCCACCUCCAGCUUCCAAGCCAAGCACUGUUGUGAUUGAGGAUCUGGAGUUCGAAGAAUAUGAAGAACCUCCAGUGUUUGGAAAGAGGAGUAUUUUCACAGUCCGGUCAACUGGGGAACAAGAGCAAUGGGUGCAGUGUGAUAGUUGCUCUAAAUGGCGAAGAUUGCCAGCUGAUGCAUUACUUUCAUCUAAGUGGAUAUGCGCAGACAAUGCUUGGGAUCGAAGCAGGUCUUUGUGCUCUAUACCAGAUGAAUUGAGCCCAAGGGAACUGGAAAAUUUUCUCAGAAUGUGUAAGGAAUCCAAGAAAAGGAGAAUAGUGGCAGACCCUAGGCCAACCCCGGAGCACGAAGCUUCUGGCCUUGAUGCUUUGGCCAAUGCUGCAAUACUCGGAGACAGUGUGGCCAAUCCAGAAGCUGCAUCAGUUGCUACAACAACAAAACAUCCCAGGCAUCGUCCUGGCUGCUCAUGCAUUGUGUGCAUCCAGCCCCCAAGUGGAAAGGGCAAACAUAAGCCUACAUGCACAUGCAAUGUGUGCAUGACCGUCAAACGCCGUUUUAAAACCAUGAUGAUCAACAAGAAGAAACGCCAAUCAGAGCGGGAAGCAGAGAUUGCGUACAGAAGCCAGCACACAUGGAACCCUAGGGAUGAAGCAGAAGUAGACAGCACUUCUAGGCUUGUAUCAUCACACUUUGAUCAUUCAGACAACAAGGCCAAGUCUGCAAAUGAAUCAGAAACCAAGAGCCAAAGCAAACUGGCUGAAACUGGGAAGGGAAUACUAGACCUGAAUUCCCAUCCAGGCCGAGAAGGAGACUUACAAGCAGGGCCAGACCAUGUGAGUAUGAUAUCUCUUGUUCAAGUAGCAACUCUUCCUCUUGAGACGUAUAUGAAACACAAUGGUAUUACCAGCUUGAUAUCUGAGCAACAGGAAAGUUCGACAUCACAUGUUCCCCCACAAGCCGCUAAUGAGACUGAGGAACAACUCGAUGAGAAUCGCUGUCCAGAGCAGGAAAGCGGGGGUGAAGAAAGGCCGGAUAAAAGCCAAGAUGACCCUCUAUGAUGAAGUUCCAGGUGUUUUUCUUUUCGAAAUUUUUGUCGACUUGUUUCUUGUAUAAUUACAGACAUUUUGUGCUUGUUUUCUUUUGUUUGCUAAAUGUUUUUAGCUCAGUGUGAAUGUACGUUACAUUAAAAUUAACUUGUAAAUUAAUGUGCCAAAAAUAAGUCUCAAAUUCAAA